AUGGCCGACACUGUGGUUCGUCCUGAUGACCCUGAAAAUGCAGGAACCUUCGAACUGAAGGAAAAUACGGUCAUAGUCGUUCUUGGAGCAUCCGGCGAUCUCGCGAAGAAAAAGACCUUCCCUGCCCUAUUUGGCCUCUACCGUAACAAGUUCUUGCCAAAAGAUAUUAAGAUUGUCGGAUAUGCUCGAACCAAGAUGGACCACAAUGAAUACCUCAGGAGGGUCAAAUCCUACAUCAAGACACCGACGAAAGAAGUGGAGGAGCAACUUGAACAGUUCUGCUCAAUCUGCUCGUACGUUGCCGGCCAGUAUGAUCAGGACGAGCCUUUCCAGGUGCUCAACAAGCACAUUCUCGAGAUCGAGCACGGCCGUGAGGAAGGAAACAGAGUCUUCUACAUGGCCUUGCCUCCCUCCGUCUUCAUCACAGUUUCUCAACAUCUCAAGCGAAACUGCUAUCCCAAGAAGGGCAUUGCGAGAAUCAUCAUAGAGAAGCCUUUCGGCAAGGACCUGGCUAGUUCCCGGCAGUUGCAGAAAGCUCUUGAGCCGGACUGGAAAGAAGAGGAAAUCUUCCGCAUCGACCACUAUCUUGGAAAGGAAAUGGUCAAGAACUUGCUCAUCCUCCGAUUCGGCAAUGAAUUCCUUGGAGCUACCUGGAACCGCAAUCAUAUCGACAAUGUCCAAAUCACUUUCAAGGAGCCUUUCGGAACCGAGGGACGAGGCGGUUAUUUUGAUGAGUUUGGUAUCAUCCGCGACGUGAUGCAAAACCAUUUGCUGCAAGUUCUCACCCUGCUGGCCAUGGAGCGACCCAUCUCUUUCUCGGCAGAGGAUAUCCGUGACGAGAAGGUCAGAGUGCUUCGAGCUAUCCCGGCCAUUGAACCAAAGAAUGUCAUCAUCGGCCAAUACGGCAGAUCUCUAGAUGGCACCAAACCAGCAUACAAAGAAGACGACACAGUACCCAAAGAUUCAAGAUGUCCGACCUUCUGCGCCAUGGCCGCUUUCGUCAAGAACGAGCGGUGGGACGGUGUGCCUUUCAUUCUCAAGGCCGGCAAGGCUCUCAACGAACAAAAGACCGAGAUCCGAAUCCAAUUCAAGGAUGUCACAUCCGGCAUUUUCAAGAACAUUCCCCGAAACGAGCUUGUCAUCCGUAUCCAACCGAACGAAUCUGUCUACCUCAAGAUGAACUCCAAAUUGCCCGGUUUGUCAAUGCAGACGGUGGUUACGGAGCUCGAUCUCACGUACAGACGCCGCUUCUCCGACUUGAAGAUUCCAGAGGCAUAUGAGAGUUUGAUUCUGGAUGCCAUGAAGGGUGAUCAUUCCAACUUCGUCCGUGAUGACGAACUGGAUGCCUCGUGGAGAAUCUUCACACCUCUGCUGCACUAUCUCGACGAAAAACAGGAGAUUGUCCCGAUGGAGUACCCCUAUGGCUCGCGAGGUCCAGCUGUUCUCGAUGACUUCACCGCCUCGUACGGCUACAAGUUCAGUGAUGCGGCGGGCUACCAAUGGAACACCGAGAGCACGCCUAACAAGCUGUAG